CGUACCCUUGCAGCACGCUAAAGCUCAACGCCUUUUUAGUCACCAGGGGGGAUACAGUAGCUAGCUGCCUUGUUAUUUCGCACAUCCGCGUCGCGCUUCCGUAUGUUAUACACCUGCUGCGCGGCGGUGUAGGCGGUACGGGCGAUCCCAAGCCCCAGCCCGUUCAUGUUCAAGAAGCUGAAAAACAUGGGAAACGGCGGGUUUAAAGGCACGGUAGCGACGGGGAAGGUUUCUCCUACCGGGACCAACGGUGUUGCGUAUAUGUCCUCCCCCCACAGUGAGCUGCAGGAGCAGAACCGCAGCAAGGAUGUGGAGAUCCGCCGCCUGGCGCAGGAGCUGGACGCCUACAAGAGCAUGGUGGCGGAGAAGGACGCCGAGAUCGAGAGGCUGCGGGUGGAAGUGAAGAAGCUGACCGACGUGCUGCAGCAGCAGACCGCCCGGGGGAAGGCGGCCCCCUCCUCCCGCCCACAGGGCACCAUGCUGCCGCCGAUCCACGAGGGGCUGGGCAUGCACGGACAGCAGCACGACAACAAGCGGACGGGCAGGAUAGGGGUCAAGUUCGGCGUGUCCGGAGAGUCCGUCUCCGACACUAACGCCAGGAAAGACCUCCCCAGAGUACCCAAGGAUCAGAGUGUUAAGGUGAUGCUGAAGGAAGCGAUCCAGCAGAACGACUUCAUGAAGAAUCUGGACCCGAUCCAGGUCAGCGAGAUCGUGGACUGCAUGGACUUCCAGAUGUUCCAGUCCGGACAGAAGGUCAUCCAGGAGGGGGAGGCAGGGCAGCAGCUGUUUGUGGCAGAAGUUGGUGACUUGCAGGUGACAAAAGGAGGGAAAUACCUGGGCAACAUGGGGCCAAAGACACUGUUUGGAGAGCUGGCACUCCUGUAUAACUGUAGCAGAACAGCCACUGUCAAAGCUGUUACUGAGUCCAAGCUGUGGGCCAUAGACAGGAAUAUUUUCCAGAUGAUCAUGAUCAAGACAGGGAGAACCAGGAGGGAGGAACACUUCAAGUUUCUCAAGAGCGUGUCCCUGUUGAAAGAGCUACCACAUGCCAAACUGUCCAAGAUAGCCGACUGCCUUGAAGUGGACUUCUACCAUGAAGGGGAGUACAUCAUCAGAGAGGGCCAAACCGGAGAUACUUUCUUCAUCAUUAUUGAGGGGGAGGUUAAGGUUACCCAGAAAAUAGAAGGAGAGGAGGAGCCAAAACUGACCAGAAGACUGGGACGGGGAGAAACGUUUGGAGAGAAAGCACUUCUCAGUGAAGAAAAAAGAACCGCAAACGUCAUCGCUGUAGGAGGGGUGAAAUGCCUUACGCUUGACAGAGUAGUCUUCAACCAGCUGAUUGGUCAACUUAGCGAGAUUAAGAAGGUGGAUGAGCAGUACAGUCUUGAAGAUGAGAACAGAGGAGCGGCCAGAAUACUGCAGAAACGGGGCAGUAAAGAUAUCAUCAAGUCCAGCACCUCUUCCAAGGACAGUCAGACCAGUGUUCCCUCAUCCGGUGACCAGGUGAACGGCCCAGCCCAAGAACAGCUGAUGUAUGCCAAGGUUCCACUGGAUGAUCUGGACAUCGUGGCCACUCUGGGCGUGGGAGGAUUCGGGAGGGUGGAGCUGGUGAAGUGGCAGGACAAGUCGUUUGCCCUGAAGUGCCUUAAGAAGAAACACAUCGUCAACACCAGACAACAGGAGCACAUCUACUCUGAGAAGGCCAUUAUGAUGUCCUGUAACUCACCAUUCAUCACUAAGUUGUUCAAGACAUUUAAGGACACCAGGUACGUGUAUAUGAUGAUGGAGCCAUGUCUGGGGGGAGAACUCUGGACCAUAUUGAGAGACAGGGGUUCGUUCGAUGACCACACGACGCGGUUCUGCACGGCGUGCGUGGUUCAGGCCUUCACGUACCUGCACGGCAGAGGCAUCAUCUACAGGGACCUGAAACCUGAGAACCUGCUACUGGACCAGAGGGGAUACGUCAAACUGUGUGACUUUGGCUUUGCGAAGAAGAUCGGUUUUGGGCACAAGACGUGGACGUUCUGCGGCACGCCCGAGUACGUAGCGCCAGAGAUCAUCCUGAACAAAGGGCACGACUACUCCGCAGACGUCUGGUCACUCGGCAUCCUUAUGUUUGAGCUGCUCACUGGAACGCCCCCAUUUUCCGGCUCCGACCCCAUGAAGACCUACAACCUGAUCCUGAAGGGCAUCGAUGCUGUGGAGUUCCCCAGGAAAAUCGGAAAAAACGCCAACAAUCUCAUCAAGAAGCUAUGCAAAGAGAACCCUUCAGAGAGGUUGGGCUAUCAGAAGAACGGAAUGAAUGACAUCAAGAAACACAAGUGGUUCCAGGGCUUUGACUGGGAUGGACUCACCACACAGUCAACACAACCUCCCAUUGUUCCAAAGGUGCGAGGACCAAGCGACACAAGUAACUUCGAUAAAUACUCCAGAGAGACCGACAUUCCUCCCGAGGAGAUGUCAGGAUGGGACACAGACUUCUAGAGAGCCAUGACAGAAAUCAGAUUUUCUAUCAAAACUUUAAAAGGAAAGUCACGGCAAAUGAAUUAUAGUGGUAACUCAUGAUGUCAUACUGUGUCAUAUCAUAAACCCUGUAGAAAUUAGUGGUAAGGUGCCACACCAAUUUGAUUUCUUUGGAUAUUCGCAGGAAGUUAGAAGAAAUUACAAGUCAAUGUACACAUGUAAGGUGGCGUUGAAAGACACUUAUUAAUAAAUGCAAGA